AGGGACCCAAGAUGGCUGAAUACUCACAGGGGGGUAGUUAGCAAUUAUCCGGGCAAGACGCUGGGAAUGAAUGGCAAAUAGCACUGUAAACCAAAGCCUUAUUUUGAUGGGACAACACUGCUCCGGUUAGGUAAUUUGAAUAUUUUUGGAAUGUGCGAAUACCAGCAAGGAGAGACUGGUCUCUCCGCGGCCCCGAGCCAGAACAUGGCGGAACACUUGGGGUAGAAAUAACGUUAGUAGCUAACGUUAGCUUGUUAGCGUAUUAUCGAACACUAUACUUUACAAAGGCUUGUCCGCUGUAAAGCCAGAGGGGUUGCGGUCCGUCAACUUGAAGCAAUGUUAUCGAUGCAUGGUCCUCGUCUAUCUGCUGUAAUAGAUUUCGUAUUGAAGGUGUUCAGCAAUGGCAGUUAGCGGACUGACUAGCUAACUAUUCCCCUCGCUACGUUUGCUUGCUAACGUAACUGGCUAACACUGCCAGCUAGCGUACAGACUGUACCGAAAGGAAAGACGAGCAGCGAAGUAUACCCGGAGCCAGUGAACACAAACUGCAAGUCUGAAUGUGGCCCGCUAACCUAACAAUUUAGAUGAGGCGAUGUUACGCACCUAAUCUGUCGUUCAACAAGCUAGCCAUCGCCAGCGUCCUCCCCUCUGCGCAAUAUACUAUAUAUUUGAUAAGCUUGCCAGAAUGUUCAGUAAACACAACUCAAUGGCGCGGUGCUCGUAGGCUGCGUGAGAGAGUAAAUAGAAAUUGUAGUUUUAACUACAUAACCUCGAGGAAACUGCUCGGAUAAUCCGCUUUCACAUUUGAACCGCUUCGGGGGGGGGGGCAUACGGGCCCGGUCGACCCCUCAGACCAGAGCUGUGUUGAGGUGUACACAAGUUAUUUUGUGUUGGCGUGACUGCCACUGAAAGUGGUAAAGUGUAGGCUAAGGUCGGGCUGGGUGAACCGACUUGAACCGCCCAUCAGGAUGACAGACACUCGUCGCCGAGUCAAAGUUUAUACCCUCAAUGAGGACAGACAGUGGGACGACCGCGGGACCGGACACGUCUCCUCGGGCUAUGUGGAGAGACUGAAAGGCACAUCUCUGCUGGUACGAGCAGAGAGUGACGGUUCCCUCCUGCUGGAAUCCAAAAUCAACCCAAACACAGCCUACCAGAAACAACAGGACACUUUGAUAGUGUGGUCAGAGGCCGAGAAUUAUGAUCUUGCACUCAGUUUCCAGGAGAAAGCUGGCUGUGAUGAAAUCUGGGAGAAAAUAUGCCAGGUACAAGGGAAGGACCCUUCUGUGGACAUCACCCAGGACGUGGUGGACGAGUCUGAGGAGGAGCGGUUUGACGACAUGUCUUCACCUGGUCUAGAGCUGCCGCCGUGUGAGCUUAACCGCCUGGAAGACUUGGCAGAGUUGGUGGCUUCUUCACUGCCAUCACCACUACGGCGUGAAAAGCUUGCACUGGCCGUGGAAAAUGAGGGCUAUAUCCGCAAGCUUCUGGAGCUGUUCCGUGUGUGUGAGGAUCUGGAGAAUCGCGAGGGACUUCACCACCUUUAUGAAAUUGUCAAAGGUAUUUUUCUGCUUAACCGCACUGCCCUGUUCGAGGUUAUGUUCUCUGAGGAGUGCAUCAUGGACGUCAUUGGCUGCCUGGAGUUUGACCCAUCAUUACCGCAGCCACGGCGCCAUCGGGAGUUUCUUACUAAGACAGCCCGCUUUAAAGAGGUGAUACCCAUCUCGGACCCAGAGCUACGCCAGAAAAUCCACCAGACGUACCGGGUACAGUAUAUCCAGGACAUGGUGCUGCCUACACCUUCAGUGUUUGAGGAGAACAUGCUAUCCACCCUGCACUCCUUCAUCUUCUUCAAUAAGGUGGAGAUUGUUGGCAUGCUUCAGGAUGAUGAGAAGUUUCUGACGGACCUCUUUGCACAGCUCACAGAUGAGGCCACAGAAGAUGACAAAAGACAUGAACUGGUAAACUUCCUGAAGGAAUUCUGUGCGUUCUCACAAACGUUACAACCCCAAAACAGAGACACCUUCUUCAAGACAUUAUCAAACAUGGGCAUUCUACCUGCACUUGAAGUCAUACUGGGAAUGGAUGAUGUGCAAGUACGAGGGGCAGCCACAGAUAUCUUCUCUUAUCUGGUGGAGUACAACCCCUCCAUGGUACGAGAAUUUGUUAUGCAGGAGUCUCAGCAGAAUGACGAUGACAUCCUACUGAUCAACCUGAUCAUAGAGCACAUGAUCUGUGAUACAGACCCAGAGUUGGGUGGGGCGGUGCAGCUAAUGGGCCUACUACGGACUUUGGUGGACCCAGAGAACAUGCUGGCUACUGCUAAUAAAACUGAAAAGACAGAGUUCCUGAGCUUCUUCUACAAGCACUGCAUGCAUGUCCUGUCAGCCCCGCUGUUGGCCAAUACCACAGAAGAAAAACCCAGCAAAGAUGAUUUCCAAACUUCUCAGUUGCUGGCAUUGAUCUUGGAGCUGCUGACAUUCUGUGUGGAGCACCACACCUACCACAUCAAGAACUACAUCAUCAACAAAGACAUUCUCAGGAGGGUAUUGGUGCUUACUGCUUCUCAGCACGCCUUCCUGGCACUAUGCGCCCUGCGCUUCAUGCGGAGGAUCAUUGGUCUGAAGGAUGAGUUUUACAAUCGCUACAUCAUGAGGAACUUCCUGUUUGAGCCAGUAGUCAAGGCCUUCCUCAACAAUGGUUCACGCUACAACCUCAUGAACUCAGCCAUCAUCGAGAUGUUUGAGUAUGUCCGUGUGGAGGAUGUGAAGUCUCUCACUGCUCAUAUAGUAGAGAACUACUGGAAAGCUCUAGAAGAUGUUGACUAUGUCCAGACCUUCAAAGGCUUAAAGCUGCGCUAUGAACAACAGCGAGAGCGGCAAGACAACCCCAAACUAGAUAGCAUGCGGUCCAUCUUGAGGAACCACCGUUUUCGUCGCGAUGCGCGGACGUUGGAGGAUGAGGAGGAGAUGUGGUUUAAUACGGACGAGGACGACCUUGAGGAUGGCGAAGCGGUGGUUCCACCUUCUGACAAAAUGAAGAGUGAGGAUGAUCUCAUGGACCCUAUAAGCAAGUUCAUGGAGAGAAAGAAAAUGAAAGACUCUGAGGAGAAGGAGGUACUGGGGAAGUCGAGCUUGUCAGGCAGACAGAGCCCCAGCUUCAAGCUCUCCUUUUCCGGCUCCACCAAAGCCAGCCUGUCAAGCCCACCUUCCUCGGCCUCCUUGAACCCUGGCUCUCCGGGAUCACCGGGCUCUCCGGGCUCAGGGGCACGAAGCUCGCCCCCCACCACAGCUGUCACAACAAAGGGAGGCUUAAUAGGACUGGUGGACUACCCUGACGAUGAUGAGGAGGAAGAGGAAGAGGACGGAGAGAGCAAAGAAGAUCCCCUGCCUCCUUCUAAGAAGUCCAAACUGAGCUCCUAAAUAAACACCGGUGUCUCAGCCCUUUGUGUUCAUCAGAAUGCUUCGGUGCAUUGACCUUGAAUAGGAAUGAUCAAACUUGUAAAGAAAAUGAAUGAGUCAACGAAUGAACAGGCCGCCUCCUCAUCGGGGGGGGAGGGGGAGGGGCAAACGAGGAGCAGACUGAAUUGUUUCAAAGCCUCCUCAAACUUUUCCAACUUAUACAAGUGCCAAUUUGGAAUGAGGAACCGACUGAAAAGUGAAUGGACAAGAGGGAGAGUUAGGGGGAAAGAUGAUACGGUUAUCAAAAGCAGACAAUUCUAGACUGAUCAGAGAUUGGCAAUUCAGAAAAUGGAGAAGACCACAUAGCGGCACACGUGCGUACACAAACUGAAACUCCAAAGAGCUUGCAGGCUCGGACCAUGACCCACUAACCCUCGACCCCUCAGCCCCCUACCACCCCCUCCACUCAGGGAAGGACAUCGCAGUGGCCCAGAUGGGUCAGCCAAUUCAGAUCCAGAAUUAAAACCUUACCCCCACCACCAGAAUACCCUGUUCCCUCCGUUCCUUUUUCUCCCUAUUUCCCUUCACUGCAUUUUCUUCUCCUCUCUUUCCCUGUAUGUUGUUUUAUGUUUUUUUUUUAAAAGUUAGUUCAUAGGGCCAGACAGGAGACAGCACAGGGCAAAGAGCUGUCGUCGUUGUUGUUUGAUGAUGUCAUCGGUGUUGUCGUUGUCGUCGCUCAGCGGACGUUAUUUCUCUUAAGAGAAAAAAAGCCAGCAGUUCAUUUUUUUCCUCUUUUUGUUCUCUAUUUGACUUCCUUUUAUUCUGUUUUUUAAACGACAACUAAAAAGACCUGCCUUUAAAUGUUCAGGACGUUUUCAUUCGCACUUGAACAGGUUUUUAAAGACCUCAGUAGGUGAGCUAGAUUUACUCUUUUUUGCCCUUUGAAACUGCAGAAUUUUUGGAGAAUUUGUAAUCCCAUCUUGAUUAAAGAUUGAGUGGAAUUCUAGAUGUGAUCAAGUUUGUCAUAUCUUUUUUUUUCUUUUACAUGAGUGUACACUUAGUUGUUCAGAAUAUUUGGGACCAUUAAAAAUGAUUUUUGCUGUAAGAUGUC